AUGCUGAAGGAGGAGACGGAGAGAAAUCCCACGGAAGGUGCAAAUUGCGUAUAUCUGUUGGCGCUGGACGUUCUCGAUGAAUUGCUGGCAAGGGACAUGUACGUUUGUUCGCGAUUAUUUUUUUUUUUUUUUUUCUUUCUGUCGAGCGCGGCUGAAUUUAUCGCCAUCCGUUUGCCACGCGAUUCAAAGGCCAACGUCGUUACGAUCGAUGUGAUCUCGCUCUUUUAAGGGCACGCGGGCAAACAAUACGGUCUCUGAACCGUUAAUAGGAUGCGUUUGCUCUUUCUCGGCUCUUGAGUCGCGCUGACAUUUCAUCCUCUUAUUCCGUGCUUUCGUACCAAACCCAUCGCAUUCCCGUCGCGUGCCCGGUAGCCGACGACACGACGCGCUGUGAUGUGAUCUUUUCCUCGUUUUCGUUCCGUCUCGCUCUCUCGAUGCUCGUUGAAACCGGGUUGCAUUUGUUCUGGAUCCAUCCUUCUUUGUUCUUGUUACAGUUAGUCCCCGGUUAAGGGUCUGUCCCCACCAAUUCUUGGAAUCGGGACUAUCCUCACUCUACCAUGCAGCCCCGUGAAAUAUGAUACUCGACAUGCAAAACAAGCAAUAUAUAUAUAUAUAUACAUAUAAUACCGAUAUUGCUGCCUGGACUGGUGAAACAAUUGAUGUUCAUCCCCUCUUUUUUCUCGUCGCUUAACACAUUAUUGACCGAGGAUUUUUUUGUAGAAACUGACGCGUGUGGCCGGCGAUUUUCCCCAAAAGUGACAAAGAAAGAAUCCGCGUAUGAUUAAAUACAAACAACUUUGUGCAUGAAGGUAUUUUAAUAUUUUUUAAGAGAAUGAUAGGCCGUAUAGCAAGAAACUAAUUAUAAUAAUUAGUAUAUUAACACAUUAUAUUAAUAAUUUAUUACUAAUUAUAUUAAAUUAAUAUAAUUAACAAUAUAAUAUUAUUUAAUAUAAUUAGUUACUAAUUAUAUUAAAUUAAUAAUUUAUUACUACUUAUAUCAAUAUAAUUAAUAAUAUAUUAACAUAUUAUAUUAACUAAUAUAAUUAUUAUUAAAGUUAUUGUUAUAGUUAAUAAACUAAUAAUAAUUAAUAUAGUUAAUAUAACUGUUAAUAAUUAAUAUAAUAGUUAAUAUUGUUAGAUUUAUAUUAUUAAUCCGAGAAACUUUCUCACAUCACUAUCAGUGACGUCAGUCCAUUUUAAAGUCUUAUCAUAAUUUUUUAUGACUUUUCAGUCUGUGAUACGACAGGUUCGUUUGCGAAGUAAGCCGUUUCCAAGAAUUAAUUUUGCUACUUCACUAACACUUCAUAGGUUAUUACAUUCAACGGUUAUACCAGGCACUUUUGCAAAGUUUUCUAAGUUUCGUAAAAUGUUGCUUUCAAUCCAGUCUUCUAUGAAAAAAAGAAGACUUUUCUCCAGUCUCAUGAAUGUCAUCAUUUUCAAAAUCACUAUCAAUCGCAAAGGUUUUCUGUCUUUUUGUUGGCCUUGUAUUGAUACCGGGUCAGAACUAUAUUCUGAAAAAUUAUCAUCAGAAAAUUCAGCGGGAACUUCACCUUGGAUAGAAAAUUUCGCGAUGCGCCGUUUUUGAAAAAUUUAAUGAUCGAUAAAAUGCGCGAGGCAAAUGACACGAGUGAAAGAAAUUUGAAGGUAGAACUCACUUGAAUAACGUCUUUCCACAAGCUGAGAAUUUCGCGAAUUUCAAAUUCAAAUAUCGCUUAGAUGACAAUAAAAAUUGUACGAUAUCCAGUCAAUUAUCAGAAGACGUCAUAUCCGGUCAAUAAUGUGUCAAGUGUUUGCUUUCGUCCCUGUGGGACCCGCUUAACUGGGAACUGCUGUGUUAUAAACAAACUGAACCUAACCUCCCCUGUUCUUACUGCCAUGGAUUUACAGUUUCGAAGAAGAAUUGUUUCACACGACGCAUGUUUACGUACAUACGUAUUGAGAUUCUUCCGCGUUUGCACGCGCUGCGUUCAUGUAACGAUUUCGCAAUCGAACGGUUGCUGCUCCUCGCGAGAGAGAAAGAAAGAAUUAUCGUCACUCGUAAGGAAAAGAUUUAUCACCUGCAAUUUUCAUCUGACUUUUCUAACUUGUUGUUGUUCUCGUCUGGAUAGAUAUUACUCUUCUUGCGAUAGUUCCAUUUUCAAACGUGAAACCGGGCCAACGAAAGAACGAUUGCGCGGCCAACGUGUGAAUUUCGAGCAACCAUUCGAUCGUCAACGACGCGUAUCUAUAUAUAUAUAUGUAUGUACGUGCAAUGUUCUGAAAUUUUACUAAUCUGUGUUUUCUCGCUUUAGAUUCUCGGUGAACUUGGACCAAGGCUGAAAGACCUUAUACACUUCAUUCUGAAAGAAGAGGGAAGGAAGGAACGAGUGAUGGGUUUAGGUUAGGUUUGUUUGUCUGGGUUUCUAUAUCUCUCGACACAUUUUUCUACUCUCUUUUGGUUUUCUUCUUUUUUUUUUCUUUUUUUUUCUCUUUAACAAGACAUUUAAUAUUCGCUCGGUAUCUGUAAGCUCGGCAAAAUCAACAUCUUGCUGGUGGGAACAGACGUCGAAGAGUUUCGGUGGAUUCUGCUUGUUUCGGUGGAUUCUGCUUGUUUCGGUUGUUGCUAUAACGUCGCGCUUUCCUCGACGACUCGCACCCCCUACCCUCGAAAUUCGAAAGAAAUAUUUUUUCGCCGACCAGGAUCAGCUCGAGCGAGUGCACGUAACCUUUGAGAUAUUUUUUUUUCUCUCUUUCUUUUCAAUGCUCGUAAAGUGUGCUAUCGGCAUAGGAUUCAGAGGAUUUGACAAUUUUUUUUUUUUUUUUUUUUUUUGGUCGAUGUCACGUCGCGUCAGUGUUGAUAAAACUUCUCAUAAACAUGCAAACACGCAACAAUUACUCUCUCUCUCUCUCUUUCUGUGGAUCACGCAGUCACUCACUGAAAUGUUUGGAAUGAUUCAUCGUCGCGAGAAUACGAUUGCUUUCGAUAUCACAGGCAGCGUUGAAUUUCGACGUGCGAUUUGAACGAAAGGUGAUCAUCUUCCACUCGAACGGAAGUAAGCGAAUUCUUUUUGUUGAAACAAAGGGGGCAUCGACAUUCUGGUACAACGUGACAUCGACGCACAACGCGUUCGUUCGUUUUCGUCUGUUUUCGUCCGUUUUCGUUCAGGCUCUGAAUCCUCGUUAGUAGUAUUUCCUUAAGAUUAAAAAUCCAGCCAAUACGCCAGUUUCGAAGAAACGUUGUGCAGCAACGCCUUGCACUCUUUCAUCGUUUGAACACGAACUAUCAAUUAUCAAUUUGCUCACGUACCCAUUUUCGCUCAUUGUAAAUAGUACCUUUAAUCUUCGUUACUCAGCACCCUUCGUACUCCUCGACAUAUUACGUACAAAACAACUCGCAUGAUCGAACAUCCUUUCUCUCGCAAUACACAAAAUAUACUUGGGUAUUCUCACGACCAGACGCAGAGUUCUUUGAAGACUUUCAGUGAUCAAAACAUCACGAUUUUCAAAUCGCGCUCGGAUCCCUCCAAUUUCUGCCAGUUUUCCAACACCGAAAGAGUUUUCGUCUAGAGCAGCGGUUCGCAUAAUUCGUAAUAAUGUUAGUAAAAAAAAAAAAAAAAAAAGGAAAAAGUUAAAACAGAAACAAAGUUGUAGAGUUUUGAUUUAUAAAGAGAGACCUGUAUGAAAGUUUUUUUCAGGGGAUUUACUCGUCAAAUGAAAAGAUUAAUCAAGAGAGAGAGAGAAGAAAGAUUUAGGUUAGGUUAGGUUAGGAAAGGUUGGAACCAGCUGAUGUAGACACGUCAUUAUUAACACUUUGCUGUCGGGUUUCGAUAAAUUUAUAAAAACUCUGUCUUUUUAUAUUCGUUAAACAGCUACUGCAGUGAUAAAGCAACUUCAACAAUAA